AUGUCUAUUGCAGAUGAUGUCAAGGCUGAUGUGGACACAGCCCAUCCAAACUUGUCUUUUACUGAGAACGGGAAGCGUUUUACGCAUAAUCCACAUGCUCAGAGAGUGCCUCAGAUUGAAGGGAGAUUCAAUGCAACCGUCUGCGUCUUGGGCUCAGAAGGUUUCUCCUCUGGGAACCACUACUGGGAGGUGGAAGUUGAACAAAGCAAUGACUGGGACCUCGGAGUGGCCAGCAAAUCUAUCCAGAAGAAAGGAAUAAUUAACUUGUCAGUAAAAGAAGGAUUCUGGGUUAUGGGGUCAAGUUUGAAAGAUUAUUGGGCAAGAACUGACCCUUGGACGCGUGUCUUGGUGCAGAGAAAGCCCAAGAAGAUCGGAGUUUACCUUAGUUGUGAAGAGAAACUCUUGACCUUUUUCAAUGUGACUGACAUGUCUGUGAUGUUCACGUUUAAGGACUGUGCCUUCUCAGAGGAAGUGUAUCCGUUCUUUAAAAAUUCACAGAAAGAAUCAACCAUGAGAAUCUGUUCAGUCAAAGAGCAAUAA